AUGAGACUUUCAACUGCCUUCGCCUUCUCCAGCAUGGCUUUCACUGCCAUGGCUGCUCCUGUCCCUCAGGACUCCUCUGUUGCUGCUCCUGGCCUUCUUCAGGACCUCUCUCCUGAGGUUGUUGCUCUCCUCACAUCUCUCGGCCUCGGCGGCCUCGCUCCCCCAGUUGGCGGUAUCGUCACCACCGCUGGUGUCGAUGUCAAGAAGCGCCAGAGUCUUCUUCAAGACCUCUCCCCUGAGCUCGUGGACCUCCUGAACCGUCUCGGUCUGAGUGGCCUUUCCCCCCCUGUUGGCGACAUUGUCGACACCGCUGGCAAGGACCUCAAGAAGCGUCAGAGCCUCCUCCAGGACCUUUCACCCGAGCUUGUUGAUCUCCUCAACCGCCUGGGCCUUAGUGGUCUAUCUCCUCCCGUUGGCGAUAUCGUCGACACCGCUGGCAAGGACCUCAAGAAGCGUCAGAGCCUUCUCCAAGACCUUUCGCCAGAACUUGUCGACUUGCUUAACCGUCUCGGUCUGAGCGGUCUUUCUCCUCCCGUCGGCGACAUCGUCGACACCGCUGGCAAGGACCUCAAGAAGCGCCAGAGCCUGCUGCAGGAUCUCUCUCCCGAGCUUGUCGACUUGCUUAACAGACUUGGCCUGAGCGGUCUUUCCCCUCCUGUUGGUGACAUCGUCGACACUGCCGGCAAGGACCUCAAGAAGCGUCAAGAAGCCCCCGGUCUUCUUGAGGACUUGUCCCCCGAAGUCGCUGCCCUUGUUGCUUCGCUCGGUCUCGUCGCUCCCUCAGCACCUCUUGGAGCCAUUGUCGCAACUGCUGGUCAGAACGUCAAGCGCCAGGAAGCUCCCGGUCUUCUCGAGGACCUGUCUCCUGAGGUCGUCGCUCUAUUGACCUCCCUUGGUCUUGGUGGUCUUGCUCCCCCAGUCGGUGGCAUCGUUACCACCGCCGGCCAGGACGUGUAA